AUGGACCGCGGCGCCGAACCAGCAGCACCUUUGUUCCAAUGCUUUAAUGAUCUGCCUGCUGGAACACCGACAGAAAGCGCACGCGAUAUUCGCUUGUAUAAGUUGGGCAAUUCUGCGUCCUGGUCUGAUGCAGUCAAUGCCAGGCAGGUUUUAGCUCUAGGUGAGGGGCAAACUGCAAACGAGGAAGAAAAAGGGGCGUCUACUCAGGAUGCUGUCCCGUUUCGCGCUCAAUGGAACCAAAAAGAAUCGUCUCUCUGGACGCCUUGUGGCAAGAAGUAG